AUGGCACUUCCAUCAUCUGAUCCAGGGCAGAACGUGGGGUCGACGACAUCACAGCCUGACUCCAGCAACAACGCUAGAGGCGAGAUCGACCAGGCAACGGCUCAGGAUGAAGACGUCGCAAAUGGAGAGUAUCCGCUUUCAGAUGGCGAAGGUGUGACGGAUCUGGCGGCGCUGGGUGCCGUUGUUCGCGACCAAGAUGACCUCGAAAGAGACAUAGGCCAGCAAGCCGACCAGCUUCUUACAGAGCAGGCGAUCGAGAGAGAACAAAAGCGCUUGCAGAAGACGCUUAAAGAGAAGGAGCGCAUGCAGACGGCCGUCAAGAUCGCCGAGACGAACUUGGCUAAGCCUGCUGGGUCUGCCACUAAGAAUAAGUAUCGAGCCGAGAUCGAACACUACAACGCCUUGAUCGCAAAUCUCGACAAUGACAUCGCACAGAUCCAGAAGCGUAUCGACGAUCGGCAAGAGUCGUCUGAACAAGAUGGCGAGACUCUUCUGGAGCAAGGUGCGAACAAGCGCUUGCCAGGUGAGAGCCAGCGCGAGUUCCUUAUUCGUACGGGGAAGAUUACACCCUUCUCAAAAAUGGGUCGGCAGCUGUUGAAGACUUCGUCAAGCCUUGGAGAGCUGCUGCUUGACGAGGAUCAGCAGGAUGAGGAUGAGGCAGAAGAGGAGCAGGCAGAGGCAGAAGCCGAGGCAUCGAUACAAGCUGGCCCCAAACGGAGGCUCACGAGUAGACGACAGGCAAAAGCUGCAUCUGUAGAACCAAGCACUGCUGCCGAAGAAUUGGAUGCUGCCUACGUGUCAGGUCUAGAUGAGAAUGGCAUGGCGUCCGUCGGGAGAUCGGGCGAUGCUGCUGAGUCUGAAGACGAUGACGCUGAAGGUGAUUUCACACUCACAACAGCCCCGCCGGUCAAGCGUUCACGCAAGGGCAAGCAGAAACAAAAAGCCAUAACAAACUCUGAAGAUGGCCAGGAAGACCUGGCUGGUAUAGACGAUGGCAAUGAACAGGUAUAUCAAGCACGUUUACAGAGCUGGACUGAACGCCGAAGUGCGGCCAGAAAGCGUGCAAAGGAGAGAAGAACAUCGAUGCAAGAGGAUGCAGAUCACAGCGCGAUCGAAGAAGCGAAGCCUGAAUGGCAAAUGCCUCAUCCAACUCGUGCAGAUGCUGAGUUCGAGGGAGGCUUCCGAAUACCCGGCGAUAUUUAUCCAUCCCUGUUCGACUAUCAAAAGACUGGUGUGCAGUGGCUGUGGGAACUCUACUCUCAACAAGUUGGCGGUAUCAUUGGAGACGAGAUGGGUCUUGGAAAAACCAUUCAGAUCAUCUCCUUCUUGGCUGGUCUGCACUAUUCUGGCAAAAUCCAGAAACCCAUCAUUGUUGUUUGCCCGGCCACAGUGAUGAAGCAGUGGGUAAACGAGUUUCAUCGCUGGUGGCCACCGCUGCGAGUCUCGAUUCUGCAUACUUCCGGCAGCGGCAUGCUCGAUGUCGGGCGAGAAAAUCGGUACGAAGAAGCGCUUGAGGCAGAAGACUAUUCAAGCAAGAAAACGCUAAGCAAAGGUCAGAAGGCCGCGAAGCGAAUCCUCGACACUGUGACGAAACAAGGCCAUGUUCUCGUCACAACCUACUCCGGUCUGCAGACGUAUGCCGAGUUACUGAUACCUACCGAUUGGGAGUACGCAGUGCUUGACGAGGGCCACAAGAUCCGCAACCCAAAUACAGCAAUCACAAUCUACUGCAAGGAGCUGUGCACUCAUAAUCGAGUCAUUCUUUCGGGAACGCCAAUGCAGAACAACCUCACCGAGCUGUGGUCCCUCUUCGACUUCGUGUUUCCAAUGCGCCUAGGUACUCUGGUGAAUUUCAAGAACCAGUUCGAAAUCCCGAUCAAGCAUGGUGGUUACGCAAAUGCAUCAAAUCUACAGGUUGAGACUGCCAUGAAGUGUGCCGAGACGCUAAAAGACGCGAUCUCGCCAUAUUUGCUCCAGCGUUUCAAGGUCGAUGUCGCUGCCGACCUGCCUAAGAAGAGCGAGCGCGUGCUGUUUUGCAAGCUGACGAAGCUUCAACGAGAGGCCUACCAGUGGUUCCUUGACUCGGAAGACAUGAAGUCAAUCAUGAAUGGCAAGCGUCAAGCACUAUAUGGUGUCGACAUUCUGCGAAAGAUCUGCAACCACCCGGAUCUGGUUGAGCACAGAACACUGUCGAAGAAGUCUGAGUACAACUAUGGUGACGGCAGGAAGUCAGGCAAGAUGCAAGUCGUCAAAUCGCUUCUCCAAGAAUGGAAGCGCGAUGGGCACAAGACACUGCUCUUUGCGCAGCAUCGCAUCAUGCUGGACAUCCUCGAACGAUUUAUCGGCAAUAUGGCAGGGUUCUCUUAUCGACGCAUGGAUGGCACAACUCCAAUCAAGGAGCGACAGAAUCUGGUCGACGAAUUCAAUAACGAUCCAGACUUGCAUGUGUUCCUGCUCACCACUAAGGUCGGCGGACUUGGCGUUAAUUUAACUGGUGCCAACCGAGUGAUCAUCUACGAUCCUGACUGGAACCCGUCAACAGACGUGCAAGCACGAGAGCGAGCAUGGCGUCUCGGCCAAAAGCGAGAGGUCCUGAUAUAUCGCCUGAUGACAGCGGGCACGAUAGAAGAAAAGAUAUACCACCGACAGAUUUUCAAGCAAUUUCUGACCAAUAAGAUCUUGAAGGACCCCAAACAGCGGCAAACGUUCCAGCUCAAGGAUCUACACGACCUGUUCACGCUCGGCGACUCUGCGGAUGGUCAGACUGAAACUGGCAAUAUCUUCAAAGGCACUGAGGUGAAGUUUAAACAGGGCAACCUAUCUACACCAGAAGAUGGGACGGCUCCUGCUGGUGAUGAUCUGAGCAAGGUUGCUGGCAUCUCACGCCAAGAGGAGUUUCAUGGUGAGGAUGACGGGCAGGAAGAUAAUUCGAAGGGCAGCAACAAGGAAGAUCGCAUGCUGUCCUCCAUCUUUGCUGGCAAUGGAGUCGCAUCAGUCCAGGACCACGAUGCCAUCAUCAAUGGUCGUAAGACUGUACGUGCUGAUCCUACCAUAAUCCAACGGGAGGCGAAGCGUGUUGCUGCCGAAGCGGCUCGAGAACUCGAACGGGCAGGUGAAAUCGCUAGAAGCCUCCCAGCCGGUGUGCCAACCUGGACCGGACAAGUCGGCACAGCAGGUCGCUCACCCUCACCGCCGCCUCGUCGUGGCGGAAUGCGUGGAGGAAUGCGCGGUGGCCGAGGAGGUCGUGGCGGUCCAUCCUCAUCCUCCGUCCUCGCCAAUCUUCAAAAUCGCCAUAUCGGCAGCGCAGCCAAUACUGCUGCCGGAACUGCCUCUUCCGCCGGCUCUCGGGAUGCGACGCCUGUGGGCAGAGGUCGCGCUGCACUUCGCAACGCUCCUCAGGGCAGGGACUUCUUGAAGCUCAUCCGAGACUUUAUGAUGCUGCACGAUGGCGUCGUGCCUGCACAAAUGCUCGUCGAUCAAUUCGACCGCCUGUGUCGAGGAAGCCCAGAACGCACAAUGCAAUUCAAAGAAAUGCUGAGAACGAUCGCGACUCUGGAGAAGGGUAGCACUCCUGGUAGGAGUAAAUGGAGGCUGAAGGAAGAGUAUAGGCCUCCUCCAAGGGCAUGA